UAAAUUGACCAUUGAGGUGGUUCCCAAGGGUUCGGCUUCGUUUUGUUAUCAAACGAUAGGUUUAAGAUUCUUACGGGUGGUGGGAUCCAAAGCCAGGAUGGGUUUCAACAAAAAUGCAAGCGCGAAUUUGUCUUGAGUCUCAACGCACUGUUCAAAUAAAACAAUUUAGACAUGCCCCACCUACGACACUAAGAAGUGAAUGGUAUAUUACACUUCUGUCACAAAUUCAAGGGUAAUCUAAAGUGCCCGAUGGUAGAGAUCUGGCUUCUCCCGGGUUUCUGGAACAAAAGAAGCGUUCGCGAGUAGACAGAGGGGUAACUUCCCUGCCCUCCCCCUCCGAAAGUAAAUCAAAUCAAGGACUAUGAGUGCUUGCAGACAAGUCUCGCUUCUUUUCUUCCCCUUCAUGGCUAGCGUUUGGGGAAGGCAAGGCUGCGGCUACUCUUCGGUGCUUCAGUGUCCCUGGAGGAAAAAAGGCCCAGACAAGGGUCCUCACAGCCGGCGUGGAAUUCGGCCGGUUCGUAGGCAAUCGACCCCAGAGACGAAAGCUGCUUCUCGAGCUGGGGGAGGGAGAGGAAACGGCGCACAAAAGCAGUACGACCCGUCCCUUAUCGGCGUCUAAGGGGAAGGGUGGAGAAAACGAAAACAGAAGCGGGCCGGGCGCCUCGGCUCCCGCCCCAGCGCCUUUUAAACUGCGUUUCUACCUCCUCUCGCUCAGCGCGGCGGCUAAUGGAACCCGCGCGAGCCGUCCCGCCAAUCACCGCCGCGCUUCCUCCCGUCGCCCGCCAAUGGCGCCGCGCGUUCUUGGGGCGUGGGCGAAGCAGGCUGCUCGCCUCCUGCCUGUAGUGUGUGGGCUGGGGUUGGUGCGGGCUUCCAGCUUGGCUGUACUUCAUCCGUAGUUCGGCUCUGGGGUCUUUUGUGUCCGGGUCUGGCUUGGCUUUGUGUCCGCGACUUUUUGCUCCGGUCCGCAGCGCUCCUACUGGGCAGGAGCCGUGAGGCUCGGAGGCAGGAGCGCGGCCCCCGGCCAGGAGCGAGCGCGCCGGCGUGAGCGGCGGCGGCGAAGGCUGCGGGGAGGGGGCUUCGCAAAUCCCCGAGAUGCCGGAGUUCUUGGAAGACCCCUCGGUCCUGACGAAAGACAAGUUGAAGAGUGAGUUGGUCGCCAACAAUGUGACGCUGCCGGCUGGGGAGCAGCGCAAAGACGUGUACGUCCAGCUCUACCUGCAGCACCUCACGGCGCGCAACCGGCCGCCGCUCGCCGCCGGCGCCAACAGCAAGGGGCCCCCGGACUUCUCCAGUGACGAGGAACGCGAGGCCACCCCGAUUCUCGGCUCUGUGGCCGCCGCCGCGGGUCGGAGCCGAGCAGCCGUCGGCAGGAAAGCCACAAAAAAAACUGAUAAACCCAGACAAGAUGAUAAAGAUGAUCUAGAUGUAACAGAGCUCACUAAUGAAGAUCUUUUGGAUCAGCUUGUGAAAUACGGAGUGAAUCCUGGUCCUAUUGUAGGAACAACCAGGAAGCUGUAUGAGAAAAAGCUUUUGAAACUGAGGGAACAAGGAACAGAAUCAAGAUCUUCUACUCCUCUGCCAACAAUUUCUUCUUCAGCAGAAAAUACAAGGCAGAAUGGAAGUAAUGAUUCUGACAGAUAUAGUGACAAUGAAGAAGACUCUAAAAUAGAGCUCAAGCUUGAGAAGAGAGAACCACUAAAGGGCAGAGCAAAGACUCCGGUAACACUCAAGCAAAGAAGAGUCGAGCACAACCAGAGCUAUUCUCAAGCUGGAGUUACUGAAACUGAAUGGACAAGUGGAUCUUCAAAAGGCGGACCCCUGCAGGCAUUAACUAGGGAAUCUACAAGAGGGUCAAGAAGAACUCCAAGGAAAAGGGUGGAAACUUCAGAACAUUUUCGUAUAGAUGGUCCAGUAAUUUCAGAGAGUACUCCCAUAGCUGAAACUAUAAUGGCUUCAAGCAACGAAUCCUUAGUUGUCAAUAGGGUGACUGGAAAUUUCAAGCAUGCAUCUCCUAUUCUGCCAAUCACUGAAUUCUCAGACAUACCCAGAAGAGCACCAAAGAAACCAUUGACAAGAGCUGAAGUGGGAGAAAAAACAGAGGAAAGAAGAGUAGAAAGGGAUAUUCUUAAGGAAAUGUUCCCCUAUGAAGCAUCUACACCAACAGGAAUUAGUGCUAGUUGCCGCAGACCAAUCAAAGGGGCUGCAGGCCGACCAUUAGAACUCAGUGAUUUCAGGAUGGAGGAGUCUUUUUCAUCUAAAUAUGUUCCUAAGUAUGUUCCCUUGGCAGAUGUCAAGUCAGAAAAGACAAAAAAGGGACGCUCCAUUCCCGUAUGGAUAAAAAUUUUGCUGUUUGUUAUUGUGGCAGUUUUUUUGUUUUUGGUCUACCAAGCUAUGGAAACCAACCAAGUAAAUCCCUUCUCUCAUUUUCUUCAUGUUGACCCUAGAAAAUCCAACUGAAUGGUAUCUCUUUGGCACAUUCAACUUGGUCUCCUAUUUUUAAUAACUGUAUUGAAAAACAUUUGUGUACACUUGUUGACUCCAAGAACUAAAAAUAAUGUGAUUUUGCCUCAAUAAAUGUAGUAUUUCAUUGAAAAGCAAACAAAAUAUAUAGGAAUGGACUUCAUUAAAAUGUUUUUGAACUUUGGACUAGUAGGAGAUCACUCUGUGCCAUAUGAAUAAUCUUUUUUAGCUCUGGAACUUUUUGUAGGCUUUAUUUUUUUAAUGUGAGCAUCUUAUUUCAUUUUUGAAAAAAUGUAUAUGUUUUUUGUGUAUUUGGGAAACAAGAAGGGCGAAACAUGGUAGUAUAAUGUGAAGCUACACAUUUAAAUAGAAUUCUUACAGAAAAGAUUUUAAGAAUUAUUCUCUGCUGAAUAAAAACUACAAAUAUGUGAAACAUAAUGAAAUUCAGUAAGAGGAAAAGUAACUCGGUUGUACUUUUUGUAACUACAACAAAGUUUGAUGGUGUUUAUGAGGAAAAGUACAGCAAUAAUCUCUUCUGUAACCUUUAUUAAUAGUAAUAUUCUUGUAGCCCUGUCAUACUCACUUUUUAAGACACAGUAUCAUGAAAGUCCUACUUCAGUGAGACCCAUUUACAUACAGUAGAUUUUUAGCAGAGAUCCUUUAGUGUAACAUACAUAUUUUAGAGAAUUGUUAGCUGGCUAUACAUGUUUUGAAAAGCUGUUUGGCUAGCUAUAAGGCUAUAAUUGGAAAUUUGUAUUUUUUAUUUACAGCAAAACAUUUAUCCAGUCAUCCAGUUUGCUACCAAAAUACAUUUUAGAUAAGUGUGUGUAUGUUUGUUUAGAAGUUAGAAAUUGUAAACACUGGUCGUAUGUUUCAUUUGGAUUCAUUAUUGCAUUGUCUUGUUACCAGAAACAAAAUUUUGCCAGGCUUUUUUUGCCCUAUAUUUCCCAGCAUAAUUUGAUUAGAAAGUACGAAAAGGGCUGGGCGCCGUGGCUCACGCCUGUAGUCCCAGCACUUUGGGAGGCCAAGGCAGGUGGAUCAUGAGGUCAAGAGAUCAAGACCAUCCUGGCCAACAUGGUGAAACCCCAUCUCUACUAAAAAUACAAAAAAAAUAGUUGGGUGUGGUGGUGCACGCCUGUAGUCCCAUCUACUAGGGAGACUGAGGCAGGAGAGUCAUUUGAACCCGGGAGACGGAGGUUGCAGUGAGCCGAGAUUACAUCACCGCACUCCAGCCUGGCGACAGAGCGAGAUUCCAUCUCAACAAAAAGAAAGUACAAAAAGGAGUUGCUUUUAUAUUACAUCAGAAGCAGUAGUUAAUAAAGUUGUAUACUCUGAAUAAGAGAUGGGCAUUAUGAUUUUUUUUUUUUUUUUUUUUUUUUUUGAGAUGGAGUCUUGCUCUUGUCACCCAGGCUGUAGUGCAGUGGCACAAUCUGGACUCAGUGCAACCUCUGCCUCCCAGGUUCAAGCAAGUUUCCUGCCUCGGCAGAGUGGGGGUUUCACAAUGUUGGCCAGGCUGGUCUCGAACUCCUGACCUCAAGUGAUCUGCCCUCCUCGGCUUCCCAAAGUGCUGGGAUUACAGGUGUGAGCCACUGUGCCCGGCCGGCAUUAUGAUUUUGUGUACUCUUGAAAUGGUUAUCUUUGUGAUGGUUUUUUUUUGUUUUUGUUUUUUUGUUUUUUUUUUUUUUUGCUGAAACUUACCUCAUGAAUAACUUGGUUAUGUAAAGUAGUAGGUGAUUAAAAUUUCAAUAGAAUCAAAUAAGACAUAAAAAUUUUAAACUGACUCAUUUGAGUUUCCACUUCACAGUCAUUGGCCAUAAAGCACACUAAAAAUGUAAGUUAUUUUUAAAUACAUCUGAAAUAAAAAUACUUAUUAAAAAGGAAGAAGCUGAAGAUGUAUAUUUAGACCAGCACACAAUUUUGAUUUCAAUUAGCCUUAUUCUGAUACUUAGCUUUUAGAUCUUUCGUACACAUUUUCAUGUACUUUGCAAUUGAGACCAGAAGGACUUGUAGGUCUUUCUGCAGAAUGAGUGGGUCCUUGCAAAGUGAGUGGGAAACUUACUCCUAGAUCAGAAAUGUUUGCCUGUCUGAGUAAAAGUGUUUCUUUGAGAUGAGCCAUAGAAAGGGCACCUUUUACCCAACUUUUCUUUGUUUUUAAACUUUGUUUCCCAUACUGUUUUCAGCCUUUUGUUUAUGAUUAGAAAUUGUAAGAAGCUUCGUUUAGUGUUUAAAAAUGUGGGAAGAUAAAUCAGACUUAACAUGUAUGUAAGAUCAAUUCACUUAAAAGUAUGGUCCAAAUAGCAAAAAUAGGACCAGGUGAAACAUGUAGUCAUUUUUUAAAAACAUGUACUUGGUCUUUUGUGUGUGUCUGUUUUAUUCCAUUAGAAUAAAUGUGUCCUUGAUGUAAAUGCAAAGCAUUUCUUCCUGAUUAAAUUGUAGAUGUAGACUUUACAAUAUAAUUCAAUAAUAAAAAGUAAUUAACCUCUAGUUUUGUCGUUGCAAUAAAUGGUUUUCAGAUAGCA